GAAACAACUCCUCUCUAGACACUGCUGUUGACUCCGCCGUUUUCUCAACCCACAUGGCUCUCGAAGCGCGCCUCCGCCUCCCGCUCGCCGGGCCAACUCCGGCCACCGCUUUCCUCUCAGGAUCCAACCCCAAACCCAGUCACAUAUCCUUCUCCCUCAAACCCGCCUCCACUUCUCUCUCCGCCGCCAAUGCGCCGCCGCCCAUCGUCGUCGUGGGCUCCGCCAACGCGGACAUCUACGUCGAGGUCGACCGUCUCCCUCUUGUCGGCGAGACGGUUGCCGCGAGUGCCGGUCACAGCCUCGCCGGCGGGAAGGGCGCCAAUCAAGCUGCCUGCGGGGGGCGGCUUGCGCUGGGGCCCACCUACCUCGUGGCGCGCGUGGGGGACGACGCCAACGGGCGCCUCCUCGAGGGGGCACUCGCGGACGCCGGCGGCGUCCGCCUCGACCGCGUCGCUCGCGCCCCCGGCGCGCCCUCGGGGCACGCUGUUGUCAUGCUCAUGCCCGACGGGCAGAACUCCAUCAUCAUCGUUGGCGGCGCCAACAUGGAGGGCUGGGCACCGGAGGUCGACCAGGAGGACCUGGACCUGAUCCGGCAGGCCGGCGUGCUACUGCUGCAACGGGAGAUACCCGAUUGGGUCAACAUUCAGGUCGCUCAGGCGGCAAAAGGUGCAGGUGUGCCUGUUAUUUUAGAUGCAGGUGGGAUGGAUGCUCCUGUCCCCAGAGAACUACUCGAACUGGUGGACAUUUUUAGUCCAAAUGAAACAGAGCUAGCACGUUUGACUGGGAUGCCUACCGAGACUUUUGAACAAAUCAGCCAGGCUGCAGGAGCAUGCCAUAAAAUGGGUGUGAAAGAAGUUUUGGUUAAACUUGGGUCACAAGGAUCUGCUCUGUUUGUGGAGGGAGAGGAGCCAAUUAGGCAGGCGAUAAUACCCGCCACAGAAGUAGUAGACACCACCGGCGCUGGUGACACCUUCACCUCAGCUUUUGCUGUAGCUCUGGUGGAGGGGAAGCCCAAGAAAGAGUGCAUGCGAUUUGCUGCUGCCGCUGCCUCACUGUGUGUUGGAGUGAAGGGAGCCAUUCCCAGCAUGCCUGACAGGGAAACCGUGAUGAGCCUUCUAGAAUCUGUGCAAGCUGAAUAACCGGAGAAACGGUGACUUUACCCUAUUCAUCAGCAAUAAUGAUCGGCUAAACAUCCGACGGAGCUCCCCCGGAACCCUCGUGUGCUGCCCCCGGCCCAGUAACGUGCUAGUUAGUGGUGGUCUCUAAAUGGAAACGCAUUUUCCGGGGCCUAUGCCGAGCAAAUCCCGCACCCUCGAAAUAAAAAAGGACACCUGAAUGGUUUCACUUCAGAGAGAUAGAAUGAGCAGUUUCAGGUUUG